UCGUUCUGUUCUCUUUACCAGUCUCUUCAAGAUUUCUUCAAUUCGAUUCUUAAAUCAUUUCUCAACCUUUCUAAUCUGUCUUCUAAAUAUUCUUAUUCAACUCUUACCACUAAGAAAUUUAUACUCACGCACUAAGACUGAUACAAGUCUCAUCAUGUCACCUCCUCCACCUCCUCCAUUACCUUCUUCCUCAUCUCUCGAUUUGGGUGAUUUCAUUCCUGAUCAUUCAAAAGUUAAAGACUUUAUUGGUGGCAAUCCACUCGAACUUGCUGCUCCUGGUCCAGUUUCGGAUUUUGUGAGACGUAAAGGAGGUCACAGUGUGAUCACAAAAAUCUUGAUUGCCAACAAUGGUAUAGCAGCAGUCAAAGAAAUCAGAUCCGUAAGAAAAUGGGCAUACGAAACUCUGGGUCAUGAAAGAGCCAUUGAAUUUGUGGUGAUGGCCACUCCUGAAGAUUUAAAAGUUAACGCUGAUUAUAUUCGAAUGGCCGAUCGUUAUGUUGAAGUACCGGGUGGUUCGAAUAAUAAUAAUUAUGCUAAUGUGGAUGUUAUUGUAGAUGUGGCUGAACGUGCUGGCGUUCAUGCCGUUUGGGCUGGAUGGGGUCAUGCAUCCGAAAACCCACGUCUCCCAGAUUCCUUGGCUGCCUCCAAGCAAAAAAUCAUCUUCAUCGGUCCACCAGGAUCAGCCAUGAGAUCUUUGGGUGAUAAAAUCUCUUCCACGAUUGUGGCCCAAUCCGCCCAAGUCCCUACGAUGCCAUGGUCCGGUUCUUCUCUAUCCCAAACCGAACUUUCACCACAAGGUUUCUUAUCAGUAGCUGAUGAGAUCUAUCAUCAAGCUUGUGUAACCGAUGUUGAAGGUGGUUUGGUCAAAGCUGAAGAGAUUGGUUAUCCGGUGAUGAUCAAAGCAUCAGAAGGAGGUGGAGGUAAAGGUAUUCGAAAAGUCGAAUCUGCUAAAGAUUUCGGUCAAGCCUUUAAUGCAGUCAUUGGAGAAGUACCUGGUUCACCUGUCUUUAUUAUGAAAUUGGCUGGUGCUGCUCGUCAUUUGGAAGUCCAAGUCUUGGCAGAUCAAUAUGGAAAUGCGAUUAGUUUGUUCGGUAGAGAUUGUUCAGUUCAACGUCGUCAUCAGAAAAUUAUCGAGGAGGCUCCGGUAACUAUCGCUCCUAGUGAUACUUUUGAACAAAUGGAGAAGGCAGCAGUUCGACUGGCCAAGUUGGUUGGAUAUGUCUCUGCUGGAACUACAGAGUUCCUUUACGAGGCCUCCACCGAUAACUUCUACUUUCUUGAACUUAAUCCCCGUUUACAAGUCGAGCAUCCCACCACCGAGAUGGUCUCAGGCGUGAAUCUACCGGCCGCCCAACUCCAAAUCGCUAUGGGUAUCCCAUUACACCAGAUCAGGGAUAUCCGUACCUUAUACGGGAAAAACCCACACGGAACCUCUUCCAUCGACUUUGAGUUCAACUUACCACACUCUUCAGAAACUCAACGUAAACCGAUGCCCAAGGGACAUGUUGUAGCUGUCCGAAUUACCGCCGAAAACCCCGAUCAAGGUUUCAAACCUUCCUCUGGAACUCUUCAAGAACUUAACUUUAGGUCCAAUACGAAUGUUUGGGGAUAUUUCUCGGUCGGAACUGCUGGUGGACUUCACGAGUUCGCUGAUUCUCAAUUUGGUCACAUCUUUGCAUAUGGUGCUGAUCGAAGUGAGAGUCGAAAAGCAAUGGUUGUAGCUCUCAAAGAGCUUUCCAUUCGUGGUGAUUUCCGUACCACAGUCGAAUACCUCAUCAAGCUUCUAGAGACUGAAGCCUUUGAAUCGAAUACCAUCACAACAGCUUGGCUAGACAGCUUGAUCUCAUCCAACAUGACAGCCGAAAGGCCCGACAGUACUUUAGCUGUAAUCUGCGGUGCUGUCACAAAGGCACACUUACAGGCUGUAGCUGCCUCAGAAGAAUACAAGCGUGUUCUUGAAAAAGGUCAAGUACCUGACAAAAAUUUAUUGAAGACCGCUUUCAGUUUGGAAUUCAUCUAUGAAAACGUCAAGUAUCUCGUCCUCGCCACUCGAUCGGCUGUUGGACUCUACACGCUCUUCUGUAAUGGUGGAAAAGUUAGUGUUGGACUUAGAACUUUGGCCGAUGGUGGGCUUUUGGUUUUGUUGGAUGGAAGAUCUCAUACUGUGUAUUGGAGAGAAGAAGUAGGCGCGCUUCGACUCAUGGUCAAUUCAAAAACAUGCCUCAUUGAACAAGAGAAUGAUCCCACUCAACUUAGGAGUCCCAGUCCUGGAAAGCUGGUCCGGUUCUUAGUAGAGAGUGGAGAGCAUGUUAAGGCUGGUCAAGCAUACGCCGAAAUUGAAGUGAUGAAGAUGUAUAUGCCACUUGUAGCUUCUGAAGAUGGAGUACCGCAAUUCGUCAAGCAACCUGGAGUGACUCUCGAACCCGGAGACAUUCUCGGAGUUCUAACGCUAGACGACCCAAGUCGAGUGAAACAUGCCCAGCCCUUUGCUGGUCAAUUGCCCGCCAUGGGAGUGCCUAGUAUCAUCGGUUCCAAACCCCAUCAGCAAUUCAUCAGUCUCUCUAAGAUCCUCUAUGAUAUACUUGAUGGAUACGAUAAUUCUUCGGUGAUGCAAAGUACUCUGAAAGAUCUUAGUGUGGUCUUGUCAGAUCCUGAGUUGCCAUAUGGUAAAGCUUUGGCGAUCCUUUCAACUCUUUCGGGUCGUAUGCCAGCCAAACUCGAAGCAUCUAUCCGUACCACCCUUGAAGGUGCUCAUGCCAAGGGAUUCGAGUUUCCUUCCAGUCGAUUACGCAAAGCGAUUGAUGCCUUCCUCGACAAUGGACUCAGACCUCAAGAGCGUCAAGCCAUCAAUUUAACUCUUGCUCCCCUCGAAGAUGUCAUUCAUCGAUUCAAGGGCGGUCUCAAAUCGCAUGCUUAUCUCUGUUUAUCCGAACUCAUGGAAGCAUAUUCGGCCGUCGAAUCAAUUUUCAACUCGGGCCAAGAGGACGACGUCAUUUUACAAUUACGAGACCAGAACCGGGAUUCGUUAGAUGAGGUCGUUCGCAUCGUUUUAUCUCACUCUAAAGCCAAUUCCAAGAAUCAAUUAAUCCUAGCGGUGUUGGACUUAGUCAGCCGAACGGCUUCUCAAGCUGCAGUUGAGACCACGUUCCAUGAAAGCUUGAGCAAAUUGGCAGCGUUGGACUCAAAGGCUGCUACUAAGGUUGCUCUGAAAGCUAAAGAAGUCUUGAUCCAUUGUCAAUUACCAUCAUUAGAAGAACGACAUGGACAAAUGGAAGCCAUUCUCAAGGCUGCUGUUCAACAAACUCAUUACGGAGAAGCAAAUCAUGGUCAACGACAACCUUCGUAUGAGAGUAUCAGAGAACUUGUCGAUUCCAAGUACACUGUUUUUGACGUUCUUCCUGACUUUUAUGACAACUCGGAUCCUUGGGUGGCUCUCGCGGCAUUGGAAACUUACAUUCGAAGAGCUUAUCGAUCUUACUCGAUCAUCAAUUUCGAUUACGAAGAGGGUGACGCUAGUGAAGAUGAACCUACUUUGGUAUCUUGGUUGUUCAGGAUUGGCAAAGGAGACUCGCCUCCAGCUACACCUCGUCGAGGUCCGACUGGACGAGUGGCCUCAUUCUCGGAUCUAACUUACGUUGUCAAUCGUGUGCAAGACGAACCAAUGCGACAUGGAGCAAUGUUUAUGAUCAAGAACCUAGAGGAUCUUGAUCGUUAUAUGCCUAACGUAUUACUCAAGUACCCAGAUGUCAAACCAUCAAUGCUAUCCUCUGAACCCAGCAGUGCUGCUCAACACAACGUGAUGAAGAUUGCUUACCGACUAGAUGACUUGCAAGCUGAUCAAUCAGAUUCAGAAUGGCAUGAGAAAUUUCAAAACGUUUGCACUAAAUUUGAUACAGGAUUAAGUAGAAGAGGAAUUGUGAGGGUGACGUUCAAGAUUUGUAGAAAGGGACAAUACCCUUCAUAUUUCACUAUGAGGAAAAAUUAUGAAACAAAAGUUUGGGAAGAAGUGGUAGCUAUUCGAGAUAUCGAACCAGCUUUGGCUUUCCAACUUGAACUUCAAAGACUUUCUAACUUCAAUCUUACUCCUUGUCCAACUGAAAAUCGACAAAUUCAUAUUUAUUAUGCUGAGGGCAAAGAAAAUUCUGCGGACUCUAGAUUCUUUGUCAGGACUAUUGUUCGUCCAGGUCGAAUCAAAGGCAGCAUUAAGGUUGCCGAUUACUUGGUGACUGAGGCAGAACGUUUGUUGAAUGACGCCUUGAACGCAUUGGAGGUUGUUUCUGCUUCUCAUCGUGGAGUAGACGUCAACCAUGUUUCUUUGAACUUUGUCUAUGGGAUCCCAAUUGGCUUUGAGGAGCUACAAACCGCCCUUGCUGGAUUCUUGGAUCGACAUGGCAAGAGGCUGUGGCGAUUGAGAGUUACCGCAGCUGAAGUUAGAUUAGUGAUUGAAGAUGAGAAUGGAGGACCACAAGCCAUCCGGGUGAUAAUCGACAACUUGUCUGGAUUCAUUGUCAAACUAGAAGCUUAUUCCGAAGUAACAUUGGAGAACGGAAAGGUAGUCUUGAAGUCGAUUGGUCCUACCAUUGGAGCUUACCAUCUACAACCUGUCAACUUUCCUUAUCCAACCAAGGAAUGGCUCCAACCUAAACGUUACAAAGCUCAUGUGGUUGGAACAACGUAUUGUUAUGAUUUCCCUGAUCUCUUCCGACAAGCUGCUAGAAGAGAAUGGAAACGAAAAUCAGCAGAGAUUCCGUUCUUACGUCCUCCUACCGAUCCACUUACUGCUACUGAACUUGUCUUGGAUGAAUAUGGUCAUCCUCAAGAGAUUAGUAGACCAGCUGGAAGGAAUACGAUUGGAAUGGUAGCUUGGAUGUUUGUGAUCAAGACACCUCAGUUUCCUAAUGGACGUCGAAUGAUUGUGAUUGCAAAUGAUAUCACAUACAAGAUUGGAAGUUUCGGACCUGAGGAAGAUGAUUUCUUUUUCCGAGUGACUGAAUUGGCUCGAAAGCUUGGAAUCCCUCGAAUCUAUCUAUCUGCUAACUCUGGAGCUCGAUUGGGUAUUGCAGAUGAAGUGACUGAUCUAUUCAGUGCAGCUUGGAACGAGGCUGAUCAUCCUGAGAAAGGCUUCAAGUUCUUGUAUUUGACUUCUGAAGCUAUGUCUCGAUUGAAGGAGAAAGGCGGUGAAAGUGUGAUGACUGAAGAAGUUGAACAUGAAGGACAAAUGGUUCAUAAGAUUCAAGCUAUUAUUGGACUUCAAGAUGGUCUCGGUGUGGAAUCUUUACGUGGUUCAGGAUUGAUCGCUGGUGGAACUUCAAGGGCCUAUAACGAUAUUUUCACUAUUACUCUCGUCACUGCCCGAUCAGUCGGAAUUGGAGCUUACUUAGUACGACUCGGUCAACGUGCUGUACAAGUCGAAGGACAACCUAUCAUCUUGACUGGUGCAAGUGCCUUGAACAAGGUCUUGGGACGUGAAGUGUAUUCUUCAAACUUGCAACUCGGUGGCACACAAAUCAUGUACAAGAAUGGAGUAUCCCACUUGACUGCACAAAACGAUUUAGAUGGAGUUUCUGAAAUUAUGGAUUGGUUGUCUUAUUUACCUGAAUGUCGAGGUGGAUCAAUUCCAAUGACACCUUCAAUUGAUAGUUGGGAUCGACCGAUUGAAUAUCUACCUAUUAAAGGUGCUUAUGAUCCUCGUUGGUUCUUGGCUGGUAAAGAAGAGUAUGAAGAAGAUUGUGAUAGUGGUGCUGGAAGUGCCACGAGUGGGCCUGGACGUCAACCACAGAUUCAAUUGAAUGGAAAUGGCACUUCUAGGUUCUUGAGUGGAUUCUUUGAUCGAGGAUCAUUCCAAGAAACUUUAUCUGGUUGGGCGCAGACUGUGGUGGUUGGAAGAGCCAGAUUAGGAGGAAUUCCAAUGGGUUGUAUUGCAGUAGAAACUCGUACGAUUGAAAGAGUCAUCCCAGCUGAUCCAGCCAAUCCAUCAUCAGGAGAACAAAAGAUUAUGGAAGCAGGGCAAGUUUGGUAUCCUAAUUCAGCGCAUAAAACUGCACAAGCUAUUGAUGAUUUCAAUCGAGAACAAUUGCCAUUGAUUAUCUUUGCUAAUUGGAGAGGUUUCUCGGGUGGUCAGCAAGAUAUGUUUGAUGAAGUUCUUAAACGGGGUUCUUUGAUUGUUGAUGGGCUUUCAAACUACAAGCAACCUGCUUUUGUUUAUAUCAUUCCGAAUGGAGAAUUGAGAGGUGGAGCUUGGGUAGUGUUGGAUCCAGCCAUCAAUGAGAAUGGAAUGAUGGAGAUGUACGCUGAUAAAACAUCAAGAGCAGGAGUCUUGGAGCCAGAAGGUAUUGUAGAGAUCAAAUUCAGGAAGGCCAAGGUCUUAAGCAUGAUGAAUCGAUUAGACAGUCGAUAUGCUGAAUUAACUACUGGCGCUGGAGCACCUGGAGAUCAAGCAAGUGAAAAGAAGAAUGAACUAGCAGCCAGAGAGAAGUUAUUGGCACCUACCUUCAAUUCAAUUGCAUUACAAUUUGCAGAUUUACAUGAUCGAGCCGAAAGGAUGAAAGCUAAGGGAACGAUUAGAGAAGCACUAGAUUGGAGUGAAUCUAGGCGAUACUUUUAUUGGAGAUUGAGAAGAAGAUUAUUAGAAGAAGAAGCCAUGAAGGUGAUUGAAAAGAUGGCAGGUGAAGGUUUAGAUCGAGAAGGUCGAAUGGCAUUCUUGAAUGAACGACUUGAGAUUGAUCUUGAAAGUGUAACGGAUCGUGAAGUAGUACAUAAAUUAGAAGAUUUGAAAUCUCAAAAUGGAUGGGAAAAGAUGAAAGGAUUAGAAAGUUUGAAGGAUGAAGCAUGUGUGAAAAGCUUGAGUGAGAUUUGUGGGAAGGCUUCUAUUUCUAGUUUGAUUAAUGGAUUAAAGAAUGGAUUAGGUGAAAGAUUGAAUGCAGAAGAAUUAGCUGUUUUGGAACGUGUUUUGAAAAAGUAAAGUUGAAAAAGAUUUAUAAACAGAAGUCAAGACGCGAUAUAUAUAUAUAUAUAAUUCUUUUUUGAGUAAAGGGUUUUUUCCUAUUUUUUUUAUUUAUUUUUCUACUUUUUUUUUAAAAAAUUAAAAGAAAUUACGCAAUUGUAGUACAAUGUGAAGAGUUUUUUUUUUUGAAAGAUUUUUGCAAAUUAUUAAAUACAAUCUUAAAUAUAUAUAUCAAUUUUUUUAUAUUCCUUGAAACGUGUUUGAGAUUUCUUU